AUGUCUGCUCAAGAUGAGGAAGUUAUUGUCGAACAAAAACCAGAAGUUAGUGGCGAAGUCGGGUUCCACACUAUAAUUGAGAAGUUGGAACCGCUUGAUGUUGAGACUUUUGAAGAGCAAAUUGAAGAGUACGAGGAUGAGGAAGAGAUGGAAGGACAAAAUCAACAGUUUCAGGAGGAAGCGUCUAUUCGGAAUGAGAAGAGCCUCGGUAACUUAACGAAGAAGUUUAUCAAGUUUCUUCAAGAGUCCCCGCACAGCUUGGUCGAUGUCAAUCAGGUAACUUUGUUUCCUUUUUAUUUUUCUGCGUUUAGGUUUUUUUUGUAAAAAAUUGUUAAAACUUCUUACCUUUUACGUUAAUAUUUUUUUAGUUUGUAAUGACAUCGGAAAGACUGAAUGUUAGCCAGAAGCGACGAAUAUACGAUAUUACGAAUGUACUAGAAGGGAUUGGACUGAUUGAAAAGAAGACAAAGAACGUUAUUUUAUGGAGGUAUGGUUAACAUAACUACUGUAAAUAUUGUUUAGGGGUGGACAGCUCCGGAAGCCUGGAGGUGACAUAGACUUAAAACCGCAAGAGGAGCAGACGCUACAAAAGAUUAAAAAUCAACUAACAGAUCUGGAGAGGGAGGAAAGGUUACUCGAUACUCAUCUUCAGUGGAUUCGACAGGUAACUGAAGUUGUUGUAGCUUUUAUUUUAUAGAGUCUUUAGAAUUUCCUGUCCUUUAUUGCUUAUUUUGUUAAAAUCACUUAAGUCUAGCCUUUCAGAGUAUGACAAACGUUUGCGAAGAGCAAGAUAACUGCAAAUUUGCAUAUUUAACGAAAGAUGAGACAAUAAACGUCUUUCGAAACGAUCAGAUAUUACUAGUACAAGCACCUCCUGGUACCGACAUUCAAGUGGGACAGCCAAGCAAGUACGCGGACGAUGUGAGGUAUAAUCUCAAAGCCAAGUCCCAUUGUGGUGCGAUGUCAGUUGGUUUAAUCACAGAUGAUGAAAGGACAGUACACAAAAGGAAGGACGCGCCAUUAGAAGUUCCCAAGAACAUAUUAGAAAAUGAGGACGAAGAAAGUAACCAAGAAGCCAAGGAGAACGAGGGUAAUAUUCACAUUGCAUCAAUUCAUCGACUAAGUCCACCGCCUUCCGAAUUUGACUACGGCUACGCUGUGAAUCGGGGCGACACACUUUUGGAAAUGUACAGCGACGAUGUAUAA